AUGGCAGAAUACUUGGCUUCCAUCUUCGGCACCGAGAAAGACAAAGUCAACUGUUCAUUUUAUUUCAAAACUGGAGCAUGCCGUCAUGGAGAUAAAUGUUCGCGGUUGCACAAUAAACCAACCUUUAGCCAGACCAUUGCCCUCUUGAACAUUUACCAUAACCCUCAAAACUCUGCCCAGUCUGCUGAUGGUUUGCCCUGCACUAUGAGUGACUUGGAGAUGCAGGAGCACUAUGAUGAGUUCUUUGAGGAAGUCUUCACUGAGAUGGAAGAAAAGUAUGGACAGGUUGAAGAGAUGGACGUCUGUGACAACCUAGGAGACCACCUGGUGGGGAAUGUGUAUGUCAAGUUUCGUUAUGAGGAGGAUGCAGAGAGAGCUGUGAUGGACUUGAAUAACCGCUGGUUUAAUGGGCAGCCAAUCCAUUCAGAGCUGUCCCCAGUGACUGACUUCAGGGAAGCCUGCUGCCGCCAAUAUGAGAUGGGAGAGUGCACAAGAAUGGGCUUCUGCAACUUCAUGCAUCUGAAGCCAAUCUCAAGAGAGCUCAAAAGGAAGCUGUCUUGGUGCCAGUGCAAGAAGCAUAGAUCCAGGUCCCGAUCCUGGGAAAGGCGUUCUCCAUCCAGAGACAUUAGGCAUGGUGGCAGCAGAGGAGGUGGAGGACAAGAGUAUGACAGUAGGCAUUCCAGAUACCUCAAGAGAGAUGAGAGAUUCUGA